AUGAGCAAUAUGUUACACACGGUUGAGAUCGACCGAGUUGGAAGAAGACUUCUCACCAUCACCGACCAAGAUGUUGAACAUCGCGUUCCUCUAGACUCUCGUAUUUUAAAGAUCGAUGGCCCCCAGGGAAUAUCGGAGUACAACGUCAAUGAUCUCCCAUUAAAGAUUGACAUUGGGUCUCUCCGUGGACCCCUGAGGAUUGAGGACCAGAACGACCAACUCAUUUACGAAUGCAAAUAUGGGAAGAGCAGAAGCAUUGGAUUGGGUACGACACGAAGCACAUCCUCACAAACGGACCCUUCCCCGCAUGAUAGCUCGACCAAUUUCGAGCUGGGAAAAAGGGGAGUUCAACAACAUGGUUCUGCGCAUAGCGACGGCGUCAGGAACAAAGUACAUAGUGAUAAUCAAGUGAGCACGUUGGAAGCAAGCACCAGCACAACGCUGCUUCCAUCUCCAUGCCAUAUUCCCGAGAUUGAUCCCGAGAUCAUGUCAUCUCCGACCAUAUUCAAUCAGCCAAAUCAGAAGAGGAAGUUUGGGGAGAGUAAUGUUGUGCCCACGCCACCAUCAAAAUGGGUGAAGCUUCUCGUCCAACAACGUCCAGACCAAGAGCAACAAGAUGACAAAACGGAAGUAGGCUCGACCACUACAACAAUCAAUAGUGCACCAACCGAGACCGGAAGAUUGAAUGCUGAGGAUUGGGAAUUUCAUCGUCGAUUAAUUGCCACCAUGGUGGAGAUGGACCAUCUCGAGGCCUUUGCAAAACCAUGUGACUACGAAGAGCUCAGCAGAAUUUACGAUAAGGUAUAUCGGAUGUAUCCCAAAGUGGUUGAGAAUCCAAUGGAUCUUGGUACGAUACUGGCAAAAAUUGACUGUGGAGAGUACGCAAAAGUUGGGGACAUAAAUGAGGAUAUUGGUCUAAUUGCAGACAACGCGGCUACUUGGUACUGGCAUUGUAAUCGUCUGAGAGGCACGAGACGCGAUAUCGAUGUCCGAAAUGCUGCGCAAAGUAUGCGCGAAUGCUACAACGAUGCUAUCGAACAACACUACGAUGACGAGGACGAAGAUGAAAACUCUGAAACAUCCUUGGGUAGCACGAGCCAAUCUCUCAAGCGUAGGAGUAUUCCUAUCUUUCCUGGUGCUUUGGAUGAUGGUACACCUUCAGUGAACAGCUAUGCGGAAUGGGACACCGAGACGGAAGACGACACAUCAAGUUCAUUGGACGAUUCCACUGAUGAGACGGAUGAAGACAACGAUGGAAGAUAUCCUCACGACUCAACCUAUAGGAAGUCCAGUGAGGACAGCUGA